ACAGGCUUUAGAUGCUUCUGGGUCGCGGUGGGGAAAGGUUCUGAGUUUUCGUGUGUGAGCUUGAGAGUCGAGCACUAGAGCGACCCGGCGAGGGAUGGCGGCCACCGGGACCGCGGCCGCCACGGCCACCGGCAAGCUCCUGGUCCUGCUGCUGCUCGGGCUCACGGCGCCUGCCGCGGCAUUGGCCGGCUACAUCGAGGCUCUUGCAGCCAAUGCUGGAACAGGAUUUGCUGUCGCUGAGCCUCAAAUUGCAAUGUUUUGUGGGAAGUUAAAUAUGCAUGUAAACAUUCAGACUGGGAAAUGGGAACCGGACCCAACAGGCACUAAGAGCUGCUUUGGAACAAAAGAAGAAGUUCUUCAGUACUGUCAAGAGAUGUAUCCAGAGCUACAGAUCACAAACGUGAUGGAAGCAAAUGAGCCUGUCAGUGUCGACAAUUGGUGCCGGAGGGACAAAAAGCAGUGCAAGACACACAUCGUGAUACCUUUCAAGUGUCUUGUGGGUGAAUUUGUAAGUGAUGUUCUACUAGUUCCAGAAAAGUGCCAGUUUUUCCACAAAGAGCGGAUGGAGGUGUGUGAGAAUCAUCAGCAUUGGCACACUGUAGUCAGAGAGGCCUGUCUGACUCAGGGAAUGACCUUAUAUCGCUACGGCAUGCUGCUGCCCUGUGGGGUAGACCAGUUUCACGGCACUGAGUAUGUGUGCUGCCCUCAGACAAAGAUUAUUGAAUCUACUGUGUCGAAGGAAGAGGAGGAAGAGGAGGAGGAAGAAGAGGAGGAGGAUGAAGAGGAAGACUAUGAUAUUUACAAAAGUGAAUUUCCUACCGAAGCAGAUUUGGAGGACUUCACAGAAGCAGCUGUGGAUGAGGACGAUGAGGAUGAGGAGGAAGGGGAGGAGGUGGUGGAAGACCGUGAUUACUAUUACGACACCUUUAAAGGAGAUGAGUACAAUGAGGAGAACCCAACUGAACCCAGCCGCGAGGGGACGAUUUCAGAAAAGGAAAUUACUCACGACGUUAAAGCUGUCUGCUCCCAGGAGGCCAUGACGGGGCCCUGCCGGGCCGUGAUGCCUCGUUGGUACUUCGACCUCUCCAAGGCAGAGUGCGUGCGCUUUAUAUAUGGCGGCUGCGGAGGCAACAGGAACAAUUUUGAGUCUGAGGAUUAUUGUAUGGCUGUGUGUAAAGCGAUGAUUCCCCCAACUCCUCUGCCAACCAAUGAUGUCGAUGUGUAUUUUGAGACCUCUGCAGAUGAUAAUGAGCACGCUCGUUUCCAGAAGGCUAAGGAGCAGCUGGAAAUACGGCACCGCAACCGGAUGGACAGGGUAAAGAAAGAAUGGGAAGAGGCUGAGCUUCAGGCCAAGAACCUCCCGAAAGCAGAGAGGCAGACUCUCAUUCAGCACUUCCAAGCUAUGGUUAAAGCCUUGGAGAAGGAGGCAGCCAGCGAGAAGCAGCAGCUGGUGGAAACCCACCUGGCUAGAGUGGAAGCUAUGCUGAACGACCGCCGCCGAAUGGCUCUGGAGAAUUACCUGGCUGCCUUGCAGUCCGACCCCCCGCGGCCUCAUCGCAUUCUCCAGGCCUUGCGGCGUUAUGUCCGCGCUGAGAACAAAGAUCGCCUGCAUACCAUCCGUCAUUACCAGCAUGUGUUGGCUGUUGACCCAGAAAAGGCAGCCCAAAUGAAAUCCCAGGUGAUGACCCAUCUCCAUGUGAUUGAAGAAAGAAGGAACCAGAGCCUCUCCCUGCUCUACAAAGUACCUUACGUAGCCCAGGAAAUCCAAGAGGAAAUUGACGAGCUGCUGCAAGAGCAGCGGGCCGACACGGACCAGCUCACUGCCUCUAUGUCCGAGACCCCCGUGGACGUCCGGGUGAGCUCCGAAGAGAGUGAUGAGACCCUGCCGUUCCGCCCCUUCCAUCCCUUCCCGUCCUUACCUGAGAACGAAGACACUCAGCCGGAGUUGUACCACCCAAUGAAAAAAGGAUCUGGAGUGGGAGAGCAGGAUGGAGGGCUGAUCGGUGCAGAGGAGAAAGUGAUUAACAGUAAGAAUAAAGUGGAUGAAAAUAUGGUCAUCGACGAGACUCUGGACGUUAAGGAAAUGAUCUUCAACGCCGAGAGGGUUGGCGGCCUGGAGGCAGAACCGGAAUCCGUGGGGCCCCUGCGGGAGGACUUCAGUCUGAGCAGCAGUGCCCUCAUUGGGCUGUUGGUCAUUGCGGUGGCCAUCGCCACGGUCAUCGUCAUCAGCCUGGUGAUGCUGAGGAAGAGACAGUAUGGCACCAUCAGCCAUGGGAUCGUGGAGGUUGACCCAAUGCUCACCCCAGAGGAGCGUCACCUGAACAAGAUGCAGAACCACGGUUACGAAAACCCCACCUACAAAUACCUGGAGCAGAUGCAGAUCUAAGCGGAAGGAAGCGUGAGGCGCCACCCAUUGGAGCAGGCGCUGCAGGUGGGCCAGGAGAUGGCGGUCCGGUGUUUUGGGUCAACUCCUGACCAGCAGUUGCGCCCGGAGGAUUUCAUUCGGACCUCCUGGAUCAUUAAGACUCUAAAGUACUACUGUAGAAUCACAAUUUCCAUUCUUUUAAAUGGGUGAAAAAUGUUAAUAUAACAAUAUAUGAUAUAUAAACCUUAAAUGAAAUGAAAAAAAUGAUCUAUUGCAGAUAUUUGACUGAUGUAGUUUUCUUUUUUUAAAUUAAUCAGAAAUCCCACUUCUAUUGUAUUGUCUCACAUAUGCUCUCUGUAAAUGGACAGUGUUGGUUUUCGGUGAUGGACUGUAUGUGCAGGCCGUUUCAGCUGCAUUGUAUAAACCACUCUUUAAGGCUCAUUCACUGUCCUGGUU